GGAAGAUCAUGUUUAUGGAGUUGGGGUGAGGUGCCCCCUGGGCUACUUUCCAUGUGGCAAUAUCACAAAGUGCUUGCCCCAACAGCUUCACUGUAAUGGUGAGGACGACUGUGGGAAUCGGGCCGAUGAAGACAACUGUGAAGACAACAAUGGAUGGUCUCUGCAAUUUGAUAAACAUUACACAAAGGACAAAUACAAUAAACUGAAAUCUUUGUAUGCAUUUCAGACAAAGACACCUGAGUGCUUGGCUGGUGCUGUGCCAGCAGAGUGUACCUGCCAGGGGCUGGAGAUCUUCUGCGAUGCUGCCAAAUUGCGUGCUGUCCCGGCAGUCUCCUCAAACAUCACCAUAAUGUCUCUUCAGAGGAAUCUGCUCAGGAAACUUUCUGCUGACAUUUUCAAGAAAUAUCAAGACCUUAAAAAUCUGUACCUUCAGAAUAAUAAAAUCAGAGCUGUAUCUGAACGUGCUUUCAAAGGUUUAUACAACUUGACUAAACUAUACCUGAGUAACAACAAGAUAACCAGCUUGAAGCCUGGAGUCUUUGAAGAUCUCCACAAACUUGAAUGGCUGAUAAUUGAAAAUAAUAGGAUAAAUCAGAUCUCUCCAUUAACAUUUUAUGGACUCAAAUCGCUUAUUCUCCUAGAGAUGAUGAAUAAUUCUCUUGCUCGUUUGCCUGAUAAACCUCUGUGCCAGUAUAUGCCAAGACUAAACUGGCUAGACCUUGAAGGCAACCAUAUCCACCACAUAAGAAAUGUCACUUUCAUCUCCUGCAACACUCUCACCGUACUGGUGCUGAGACAAAAUAAAAUCAGCUCUUUAAAUGAAAACAGCUUUUCCUCUCUCCAGUUGUUGGAUGAAUUAGAUUUGGCUAGCAACAAGAUUGAAUCACUUCCUCCAUAUAUAUUUAAGGAUCUAAAGGAACUUUCACAACUGAACCUUUCUUACAACCCAAUCAAGAAAGUACAAAUAGACCAGUUUGAUUUUCUAACUAAACUCAAAUCCCUCUUGGAGGGCAUUGAAAUUGCAAACAUCCAGAGAAGAAUGUUCAGACCCCUGAGAAACCUUUCCCACAUAUAUUUUAAGAAAUUCCAGUACUGUGGAUAUGCCCCUCAUGUGCGCAGCUGUAAACCCAAUACUGAUGGGAUUUCAUCCCUUGAAAAUCUUUUAGCUAGCAUCGUACAGAGAGUGUUUGUCUGGGUUGUAUCUGCCAUCACCUGCUUUGGAAAUAUUUUUGUUAUCUGCAUGAGGCCUUACAUCAGAUCUGAGAACAAGCUCCACGCCAUCUCAAUAAUGUCUCUCUGCUGUGCUGACUGUCUGAUGGGAAUAUAUUUAUUUGUGAUUGGAGCUUUUGAUCUUAAAUAUCGCGGAGAAUACAACAAGCACGCUCAGUUGUGGAUGGACAGUAUUCAUUGUCAAUUGGUGGGAUCGCUGGCUAUUCUGUCUACAGAGGUGUCAGUCUUACUGUUGACUUACCUGACUUUGGAAAAAUACAUCUGCAUAGUUUAUCCUUUUAGGUGUCUGAAGCCCAGAAAAUGCAGGACAAUUUCCAUUUUGAUUCUUAUCUGGAUAAUUGGGUUUGCUGUUGCUUUUAUCCCACUGAGUAAUAAGGAAUUUUUCAGGAACUACUAUGGCACCAACGGCGUCUGUUUUCCUCUUCACUCAGAGCAAUCAGAAAGUUCAGGAAGUCAGAUUUAUUCUGUUGUCAUUUUUUUAGGUGUAAACUUGGCAGCCUUUAUCAUAAUUGUGUUUUCCUAUGGGAGUAUGUUCUAUAGCGUUCACCAAACAGCUAUUACGGCUACUGAAAUCCGGAAUCAUAUUAAAAAAGAGAUGAUCCUUGCUAAGCGUUUUUUCUUCAUUGUAUUCACUGAUGCACUAUGUUGGAUACCCAUCUUUAUUUUGAAACUCCUUUCUUUACUUCAAGUAGAAAUACCAGGUACCAUAACUUCUUGGGUGGUGAUUUUUAUCCUGCCAAUAAAUAGUGCUUUGAAUCCUCUUCUGUACACCUUGACUACACGACCCUUCAAAGAAAUGAUGCAUCAGGUUUGGUAUAAUUACAAACAAAGAAGAUCCAAAAGAGGUAAAAGCAGUCCGAAAACAUAUGGUCCAUCGUUCAUUUGGGUAGAGAUGUGGCCAAUGCAUGAAAUCACACCAAAGCUAACGAAACCCGUGCUUUGUACAGACUCUUCUGAUGCUUCGUUGACUACACAGUCAACAAGACUAAAUUCAUACACGUAA